AUGAUGUUACUCACCCCUACUUACACUUCUUCUACGAUCUCUUUUGUAUCAUUCAAUCCUCUUACUAUCGCUCUAUCGCUCUUAUUUUUCGCGUUCAUUUCCAUUGUGCACUGUGAUAACAAUGCAGUAGGAGCUCGUCCACUUUUACAUCACCCUCCUGUUCUCACAUAUUCAAAUGCAGCUUUGCCUACACAGAAGCUAUAUCAUCCCACAAGCUGUGUUCUCCACAAGUCAGGCGUCUACUUGGUCGUAACAUCCAUUGGACAGGGCUUUCCUCGAGUUCAAUUCACCUGUACAGAAACACAUCAUCCUCAUCCUACUCCAGAUGUACAGCAAACAUAUCCACCUUCACAGACAUUCGAGGCUGCCCUUACGACUUGUUCAUAUUCUUCUUGUCCUUAUGAACACCAUUUGCAGCAUCUGGAGCAUACUACAAAGAAGCAGUCGCAAGGUCUAACAAAACCACAGAAUUGUGUCCAGGAUCCUGCGGAUCCUACGCCGGCACAAAGUCCAAUGGCACUUCACAGAGUUUAUGAAGGACAGCCUGGAGAGGAUGGCAAAUAUUCGACAUGUUACACAGAUCACAUUACUUCGACAGACACAGCUUUGCAUUCGUUCGGCAGCAUCAAACCAUCUUGGGUUGAAGGACUUGGAAAAUAUGGAUAUGAUGUUUUCCAGGAUGAAUUCAUCUUUAGCCCACGUGAGCGGGCAUCUGAGAACACGGAAACACACUCCAUGACACAGACCUACAGUGAUCAUGAGACCAAUACCUUUGGUAAUAUUCAAGAUAAAUCCUCGAUCCGCACAGUAAGCAGCGUGAACAACAAUGGCAAUAACAACAAUAGCGUAAACAACAAAAAAACAGAGAGCAGUAACAACUUGAUGCAUGGCCAACAAAAGUAUGAGCAUGUGGAUCAAAAAAAGAAAUAUGCAGGGUUUGUUUCAUCUGUUUCAGACAACUCUCACUCAGUGACAAGACCAGAAACUAUCCCAACCUUGGCUGCACCAACAUCAACACCUAACACGCACGGAGUGACUGAAGAAAACUCAGGCGCAUGGUUUGAAAAACUUAAAGCCUCGUUAACGUGGAAGACGGAAAAGCAAAAAAUAGGUCCGGCCUCGCCGACACCAGAACCCCUUCCUUUGCCCGGCAGCGCACAGACCUCAAGAUCUGCACCGCCGUUAAAGGACCUCCAUAAAAAAGAUUGUUUGAAUCCUGCUUUGUGCCAGCAUAGUCAGGAUCAUUACGAUCAUGGCCACAAGAACAAAGGGAUGAAGCACCGCGCCACAACGUUAAUCAUUGAAACUGAGACUAUCAUUGUGCACUCACAUCCUACACAAGCACCAACUUUUAAGAAGAGUCACGAAACGAAUGAGCAAGUGGGUUUUUAUCCAGGUAGUCAUGUCAUGUUUGAUGCGGGAAUGGAGGGUGAUGUGGUAAUGUCGAUGGUUGCUCAAGAGCAUUAUCAUCCAUCUCCCUCACCUCGACAUCAUAAGAAAAAGAAGUAAACAUUAUGUACAAUAAAGAAGUAACUCUU